AUGAAAUAGAUUCAAUAAUUAUAAUAAACUUAUGAAUCCGCAUAAAUCACUAUGAUAAAAGAAAUUAUAAUUAAUGGAUUAAAAAAGUACAAGUCCUUAUUCACUCAAAAUUAAAAUUAUAAGGAUGGACGUGAGAUUCUUAAUAAAUACUAUAAAUCCAGUCUUAUUGAGCUUAAUUCAGUUUUUGAAAGAUUCUAAUUAGCCCAAGUUGAUGAAGAAUCAUAUGAUCUAUUAAAGGAGCUGAAUCUGAUGAUGAAGGAAAUGGAUUCAAUUAGACUCAUUAAGAAAGCCUUGGCUCCCUACUAAGCUAAUAAAAUUCUUGAUAAUGUAUUAGCUCUUGCAGACAUUGGCAUGCAAUAGACUAUGGCAAUACCAGAGAUUAAUGAUGAAUUUGAUCAUCUCCCCGAAUCCUUUUAAUUUCAAAUUCAACCGUUAGAUGAUUAGGAAAAAAUUGUCAUUGCCAUUUUCGACAAAAAAAUGACUCAAUAUAAAAAUGAAAUAGGUUCAGCUAUUUGGAAUUUCAAUUAAGAAUUCACUUAAAUAGAAACCAUUAAAUUGUUUUGGUAAAACACAAAAUUUUGAUUAUUUGACUCCCAAUAAUAAUAUACAAGCUUAGUUGAUAUAUUUUAUCAGUUUGAAGAGAAAUAAUAUCAUUUGAGGACUAAAAAAAUCUACAUCUUUUUUGAUUGACUGAUGGUAUGAAUGAUUAUCCUAAAUUGCAUAAAUAACUGAAAAGCCUUAAAACAAAUAGAUAUCUCAUAAAACUUUCAUAUGUUACUAUAGGUUCAUCUUUUCACUGUUAAAUUACCAAUG